AUGGCGCCGCUCACAUCUUCCACACGUGAGUUGUUCGUUGAGGCAGUUGGGGCUGUCUUGGAAACGUGGCCAGUGUUGCAGAUCGCAGUCGAUAAUGGUUUUGGAGGUGUACAUAGUCAGCAGAAAGCGGACUGGAUGGUGGCCAUGCUGCAGCAGUAUUUCAACGACAACGUUGACCUACAGCAGAAUGAAGUGGAGGACUUCAUCUCAGACUUGAUGAAUAAUGAAUUUGACACAAUGGUGGAGGAUGGCAGCCUGCCCCAAGUGGCACAGAAGGUGUGUGUGAUGUACCAGCAGUGUCAACAACGUAAACUGACAGAGGUCAGAGAUCAGAUAUGUGAACUGGCACAGAAAAAGAGCACUGGAAGGGCAAAGGGCACACCUGUAGAUGAUGAUAAGAGUGAAGAUGAAGAGGCUAUGGAGUGUGAUGGAGAUGGACCAUCAAUCAUCAGUGCAGCAGUAAUGGAGAAAUCUCCACCUCAGGCCACUAGUAAUGAGGAAGAGGAUGAUGGCUGGACUGUUGUGCGCAGGAAUAAGUGACUGGACUUCAGUAAGGACUGAUGGAUUUCAUCAUUAAAAGAUAUUCAGUGGGUUUUGUCACUCUGGACUGUGACAGACUCUCAAAAACCUACAAUGAACU